AUGUUGUACCUUCCGUAUGCUGCUCUUUUAGCAGCAGUGACCUCGGCUGCCAGUACGCCGGAGGUCCCUAGAGUCGGCGCCCUCAAGAUGGACUUUUCUGUCUUGAGAGGCAGUUCUCUAUCUUCGGCAAAGAAGGGCAACGUCCCUGCCCUUAUAAAGAGAGAUGGCCUGGCCGAACUUACGUUGACAAACGAACAGACGUACUACUCGUCAACUCUCAAGGUUGGGUCUCAGGGCGCAGAAAACGAUGUCGUUGUCGAUACCGGCUCAUCGGAUUUGUGGGUCAUGUCGAGCGACGUUGACUGCUCGUCCACAUCGACUUCCUUCAGGAGAUCCAUUGAAAACUUUGAACGGUUUUCGCACCGCCGUCUCAUGAGUUUUGAGAUGCCAGACUCAACCGAGACCGAUGCCACGGACAAAAACAAGAGGGCAGACAGCACCAACACUUGCACGGCAUCCGGCUCUUUCAACACCGCGGAUUCAAGCUCGUUUCAGGUCAACACCACUGCCCCCGACUUCUCCAUUUCCUAUGCGGACGGUACGUACGCUACCGGCUACUGGGGAUACGACUACAUUGACUUUGGGUCUGCCAAUGUAUCCGACUGUAGUUUUGCCGUGGUGAACGACACGUCGUCAGACAUUGGUGUUUUCGGUAUUGGCCUCGCCCAGUUGGAGACGACAUACUCCGGCACCACUGCAACCAGCCCGUACACGUACGAGAACUUUCCUCUUCGGUUGAAGGCCACUGGCGCCAUUAACAAGGUGGUGUACUCGCUCUACUUGAAUUCGGCCGAUGCCCUGUCGGGCUCAGUGUUGUUUGGCGCAGUUGACCAUGCCAAAUACAGCGGCCAGUUGCAGACGGUGCCCCUCGUCAACAUCUACUCGCUGUUCUUCACCAACCCCAUCCGGUUUGACAUUGUUCUUGACUCGAUCACGUUGGAGAGCUCGUCGCAAAAUGUCACGGUAUCCUCGUCCAGCAUAGCUGCAUUGUUGGACUCCGGCACCACUUUGACCUACCUCCCGUCUGCCAUCUUGAGCUCCCUUGUAUCGCUGUUGGAUGCAUCCACCAGCUCCUCGGGCUAUUACACGGUGGACUGUGACUACGACUCAGACGAUAUCUAUGCCGUGUUCAACUUUUCUGGCGUCGAGAUCAAGGUGCCAAUGUCCGACUUGAUCAUCCUGCUGGGCUUCCAGUGCUACUUGGGUGUUUUGGAGCAGUCCUCCAGUUCUCUGACCAGCACUACGUACGCCAUAUUGGGUGACAACUUCCUUCGUAACGCGUACAUUGUGUACGACUUGGAAGACUAUGAGAUUUCGUUAGCCCAGGUCAACUUCUCCAGCAGUGAGGACAUCGAGACGGUCACGAGCUCAAUCCCCCUGGCUGUGCAGGCUGAAGGAUACUCUUCCACAUCUCUUUCGACAUCUAUCGAGACGGGCUCGACAAGCUCGCAGUUGAGCUCUUCAGGAACCAAGAGUUCCGAGGGCAGCAGCGCGGUCCAUCUCGCCAAGUCUUUGUUCAUUGCGGUGGUUGGAGCGGGUCUUGUUUUGGUGUUUUAG